AUGGUCAACUUUAGUUCAGUUGUCUGCAUAUACAGAGUUCCUGAAAGCCUUGUGGGAAUCAGUCCAAAAGCUAUUAGGCCUGAAAAGGUCUCCAUCGGACCUUAUCACCACAGCAAGAGCAAGGAAUCUGAAGAGACCAAAAUGAAGUAUUUUGAAGCUUUUCUCUCUAGAAAAAAGAGAGAUGGUAGUGCUGGACCUGAUCUAAGUACCUUGUUUAAAGCCGCGAGAAAUAUGGAGGCAGAAGCAAGAAGAUGCUAUGAUGAUCAGGCCAUCGCUAUGUCAAGCGCGGAGUUUGUUGCAAUGAUGGUACUUGAUGGGUGCUUUAUCAUUGAGCUUUUCCUACAAGACCAAGAGGACAAACUCAAAGAUGUUAAAGAGAAGGACCGCCUGGUUAUGGACCUCCUCAAGCUUGAAAACCAACUGCCUUUCUUCGUCCUUGAAAGACUAUUUAGCCUGUCCGGUGAUUCAUCUGCACCAGGUCAGGAGCAUCGUCCUUUCUCCGAUUCAAUACAAUGUGCCACACAACUAAGACCCUCCGAGAUCAUUUUCAAGCCACUCCUAGCAGAAAGCUUCUUAACUAUCGAUUACCACAAACGGGUACUGCAAAUACCACCCAUAACCAUCAACGAUAUCACUAUUACUAUCUUCAUCAACAGCAUAGCCUUAGAACAAUGUUGCCCACACAAGACUGGUUCUUUAUUUACCACUUACAUUGCCUUCAUGAGCUCUCUCAUCAAUACCCCUAGAGACGUCGCAUUGCUUUCUGGUAACGGGAUUAUCAUUACCAGCUUCUCACACAACGACCAUAGCAUAGCUGACCUGUUGAACAAGUUAGGGAAAACAGUUUAUUUCGACAAGGAUUGCUACCUCUCCAAGCAAUUCAGAGACGUGGAGGCUUAUUACAACAGCCAUUGGGGUACUUUUCUACGAACUUAUUUUAGCGCCCCAUGGUCCUUCAUUUCAGUUGUCUCAGCCUGCAUUCUUCUUUUGCUGGCCGCAGCUCAAACAGUUGUGUCUAUCUUGAGCUAUAUCAAACAAAUGUCGGACAAGGGAAAAUAA